AUGACUGAACGAGAAAAAACCAAAGCUCAAUAUAUUUUGAAAUUAUUAGGACGUAAACGUAACCCAAUUUAUACAGUAAGUUCAGCCACGAGCCUUAAUUCAGCAGCAUCUAAAGCAACAGCAAGUGAUUUUGAAGAUAUUUCCGACCUAGAAAAUAUAAUGUUAGAACUGGCCUUCAAUCCCGAAUUUCAUUUCAAUCCCAUCGACCCACCAAUUAAAGAUGGAUAUAAAUCACAAACCACAAUUCUGCAAGAAGAAACAGAAUUAUCGAUUUUGGAAACAUAUAUCAAAAACCCAGAAUUGAUCCUUAAUACUCCACGUCAUUUACAAUUUGUGAUGGAGGCUCUAUAUGGUACUUUCCCCGGAUUGUAUCCCUUGGAUGCCAAUCACCCUUGGAUGGUCUAUUGGUUAAUCAAUUCCUUCAAAUUAUUCACCGGAGAUGAAAGAUUGGAUCAAGAUACUAUUGAAUUAGUCAAUGAAAAAAUCUCCCAUUGUAUUGUAGACGAUGGUAAGGGAGGAAUUGCCGGUGGUGCCAAUCAAUUAGGUCAUAUCGCAAGCACAUAUGCGGGAAUCCUUUCACUUGUCGACGUUGGAAAUUAUAGACUCUUGAACAAACUUAGACGAAACUUAUAUGGAUGGUUUAUGUCCCUUAAACUUCCUAAUGGAUCUUUUGCCGUUCAUGAAAAUGGUGAAAGUGAUGUUCGGUCCUGUUAUUGUGUUCUUGUCAUUGGAUCCUUGUUGAAUAUCUUGACUCCGGAAUUGACUGAUGGUAUUCAGGAUUAUUUGGAUUUAUGUCAGACUUAUGAAGGUGGGUUUGCUGGUGUUCCUAAUACUGAAGCCCAUGGAGGAUAUUCCUUUUGUGCAUUGGCUAGUUAUUUCAUCUUGAAUAAUGAUGUUGAAAAGAUCAAGAAGUCAAUUCAUUUGGAUUCAUUGAUUGAAUGGACAACUCAAAGACAGGGUUCAAUUGAAGGUGGAUUGAGUGGGAGGACAAAUAAACUUGUGGAUGCAUGUUAUAGUUUUUGGAUUGGAGCUUUGUUCCCCAUGUUGGAAGUUUUGACUGAUAGUAAAGAGUUAUUUGAUCGUGAUGGAUUAUAUCAUUAUAUUUUGAGAGUGGCUCAAGAGAGUAAGAAUGGUGGGUUUAGAGAUAAGCCAGGUAAAUCGGUUGAUUUUUAUCAUACUAAUUAUAGUUUAUGUGGAUUAAGUGUUUGUGAACAUUUAAUCAAAUUGAAAGAUGAUUAUGCUAAUGACGAUGUACCAUUGGCUUAUAAAUUAGAUGCAGCUAUUCCACAUAAAGAUGAUAUACAUAAAUUCCCUCAAUUAUUCAAUGUUGAUAAGUAUACAGUUCCAAUUAAUCCAAUAUUUGGAAUACCCGUUGAAGCUGUAGAUGCAUGUAGAGAUCAUUUCAUCAAAUUGGACAGUGAAUAA